AUGCCGAUCGAGUCCCACGAGCUGCGGACGAGCCGGCGGAAGCUCAGACUCCGGCUGAAGCACAAGGACCCUGCACUCAGAGAGGGUUUGUGCAACGAGCUGGGCGCCAGGCAGAGGGAGUCUCUAGGUCUGACCUUGGACGUGCUCCCGACAGCGACCGAGCGCCGCGAGCACUUGGAGGCUCUCUGGGAACCCUACAGGCGGAAGGUCGCAGGCGAGGCGCCGAAGCUGGUCACCGACAGCUCCGGGCAGACUCGCGGAGUCGAUCCUGAGCCUGGCCGCCAGCGGGCGUUGUGUGCCAGUAAGCGCGAGUGGUUCGACAACAGCCACAGUCGCGCCCUCGAGUUGCUGCUGUUGGACGGCGACGAGCUUUUCGAGAAGGCCAAGCCGCUCCUGGACAGGCGACAGGAACUCCAGGCGCGACAGGACGCCGGAGAGGCCGACGACCGCGAACAGCGGGAGCUCAGCCGCUUGCUCGAGGAGCUGGAGGUGAUCUCCUGCGCGCUUGCUGAACUAGAGGACAGCAAGGGUUGGCGCGAGCAGCGUCUCCAGGACACCGACGGGGCGCCACCGGGCCACUCGCAGCGCGGCGCUGCGAGCUCAGCGGCUGCUCCAAGCCGCCCCAGCGCCGGAGCGAGCAGCGCGGCGCCGCUCUCGCUCGAGGAGCAGGCCAUCGUGCAGGUGGCAGGACGCGGCGCCAUGGCGACUGUAGAAGAUCAGAUGCGGGAGCAGCUGCGUCAGCAAGACCAGCAGAUCCGUGAGCUCGUUGCCACUGUUCAACAGCUGAGGGCGGCGCCGGCGCCGCAGCCAGCGCAGCCAGCGCAGCCUCUCGUGCAGCUUCAGCCUGCUGUAGACACGCGCCUCGUCGGCAAACCAGAGCUGUUCUACGGGGAACGUGCAAAAUGGAGCGACAGGGCUUUUAUCUGUCGAGCUUACUUAGCAGCGAUAGAUACAAAGUACCCGGCGUUGUUGGACGAAGCGGAGGCUUCGGAGGUGGUGAUCAGGAACGUAGACCUUGACCAGCCGUGGAAGGCGUCACUAAGUUUGCAGCUUUAUUACUUGAUGGUAAUGCUGUUCCGGUCAGCAGCCCAGUUCAGCGGGGACAUCCCGCAGAGCUUAGAUCAGUUUGAACAUCUGAUCCGCGAGUACGAGCAGCAGUCGAAAAAGGUCUUCGACGAAGAUCUUAAGUUUGGCCUGGUGGUGGUCAACAUGCAGGACACCAACGUCCAACAACACCUUGUGAAGAACGCAAGCAGGUUGGAAACUUGGAACGCCAUGAAGGAGGAGCUGCUCGACAUGGCGCGAACCACGCAGUACCUGAACUCCCAGCCCAAACCUAUGGAGCUAGCCAACAAGGAGAAGGAGUGCUUCUACUGCCACAAGAAGGGGCACAUCGCCGCGGAGUGCAGGAAGAAGGCGAGGGACAACCAGGCUAGGCUGGCAGCGGCCCCUGAGGCCGCGCAGCAGGGCGGUACAGGACCCCCGCCUACGGCGCAACCGGUGGCUGGUCUCAUGCAGAUCGGGCAGGAGGAGGUGCAGCAUGGGUACUUGAUGCCAUUAUGCUCACCGAGCGACUCCGGCGAAAUGCUGGCCCCCAUGCCUCAGAGAGUCAUGGUCGACACAGGUGCUGGCAGGUCCGUGUGUCCGGCUGGUUUUGACCCCCGGGCAGAGCCGGACAGCUCUGUCAAACCAACCGCGCUGACGACGGCGACGGGGGAAGAAGUGAACUUUUCGGACGGGAAGAGGUCUCGCUUCCAGGCAAAGGACGGCAGUGGCGUUGUCUUGCGGUACAGUGACAGCGACAAGGCUGUCGUCUCGGCGUCAGAGUCGACCGAGCAAGGCAACUGGCUGGUAUGCGGCCCUGGGGUACAGCGUAUCAUAGGGCCAGACCACGCCGAGCACCUCAAGGAAGCCGUGCGCCAAUCGAGCGGAUUGGACAUGGUAAAGGAUAGGGGGGUGUACUGGCUGGAAGUGCGGGGGGCGACAGGGCAGGAAGAGGCGAGGCCGCUCUGCACAGCGAAGGCAGCAAGGAAAACGUUCACCCCGGCUGAACAACAACCAGCGGCACCUGAUGCCAUGCAACCAGCAGCGCAAGGGGAGGCCCCGAGGCCGAACGUGCAACAAGGAGGGUCGUCCUCGAGCGCGUCCGGCGCUAUGCGCCCAGACCCCGCGCUGCCUGACCAACGGCCGCCCGCGCUGAUGCCAGACUCGGAGGAUCCACGGGCGCCGCGAGCAAAAGCCAUACCACCAACUGUGAGCAAGGCGGAAUGGGACGCGCACCAGCUAACCCAUCUGCCGUUCAGGUCGUGGUGUGAAAGCUGCGUCGCAGGCAAGGCCGCCGAAGACCCCCACCGGCAGCUCCAGCAGGCCCCCGACGGAGCAACGCCGAAAGUGUGCAUGGAUUACCUUUUCCUCACGCAGAAGGCGGUGGAGAAGGAGAUGUACGCUGUGUUGAACGUGCUGGACGCGAAGUCCGGCGCCCCGUUUUCAGGCAUGGUCAACCAGAAGGGUGACGACGACUAUGCAUUGGCAAUCGCCCAUGAAGGAGUGCGCUUCGCAGGCAGGACAAACUUGAUUGCAUGUUGUGAUGGCGAGAGCGCUAUCAACAAGCUGUGCGACAAGUUUCUGGAAACCCGGCCUUCCGGACAUACUGUCACGAAGGUGAACGCCCCGAAGGGCAGUAGUCAGAGCGCAGGGCUGAUUGAGCGCAGCAAUUACGAGGUUGAGAAGGAGUACAGGGCCGUGAAGCACAGGCUGGAGUCCGUCUACAAGCAGGCGUUCCCACUCAGCCACAAGGUGCAGCCUUGGCUUGUGAGACACUCGAGUUGGCUUAUCGUCCGUUUUCUCGUCGAGGCAGACGGCAAGACGCCGUGCGAGCGCCUGCGUGGCAAGCCAUACAACGGCGAGAUUGUCGAGUUCGGGGAGUGCGUCUACCACAAGAGUCCUCUUAGCGAAGUGGGCAAAGCGGGCGACCGCUGGCACCUUGGUGUCUGGCUCGGGAAAUCCAUGCGAUCAGACGAGCACUUGGUUGGCACUGCCAAGGGAGUGCUGUUGUGCAGGUCGAUAUGGAGGAGGCCAGAGAAGGACAGGUGGGACGCGCAGCUGCUUGACCGAUUCGUCGGCUCUCCUUGGGCCCCGGUGCCCCCAGGAGUCAUGGAGGUCAAGCCCCGUGAGGUGUACAUCACCCUCGACCGGAUCAUCCGCCUCGGCAAAACACCCGGUUGCCCUGGCUGUCGUGCGCCAGGUGAGGCGAGGCGCGCAGCUGAGUGCCGCGAGAGGUUCGGCAAGCUCGUAGGAGCUGAAAAGGAAGACGUCGCGAAACGGAGGCAGCAGCGCACGCUGCUCAAGCACACCCGCCUCCUGCUGCUGCACCGCCAGGCGGUGCGCGCGCAAGCCAGCAACAGCAACAACAACAGCACCAGCAAGCUGUGGAAGGGGCAACACCAGGCUGCACCGCCAGACGUGCAGAUGGGGGAAGCACGCGUAGGUCAGGAGGACGCCCGCGACGUCGAAAUGGAGGGGGAGCCACAGGAGGACUCCCAGUCGAAGAGGUCCCAGCUAGUCGCUGGCCUGCCGAUUCUCCACGAGCCAGCUGUAGUGGCAGCUGCUUUUGGGACGUGCGUGUGUUUUCUGGCAGCGGCACCUGAUGCCGACAGCAGCGUCCCACAAGUAUGCCCUGCACAGAUGGAGUGGGACAAAGAUUUCUUUUCCACGAAAGCAGGCAUUAAACUGGACCCCCAGAAAGUGCUAGAGGGUAAGAUCCGCGAGAUGACCCAAAUAGAAGCCUACAAGGUGAAGGGGGACAUCCCAUGGUCCACAGCCAGAGAAAGAAAACUGAAAGUUGUGAACUCGAAGUGGCUGCUUGAACCCAAACCGACAGCUGAAGACCGGGAGGCGGUGCGGGCCAGGCUGGUAGCAACAGAGGUCAUUACGUAUGCGCGCGAGGACGUGACACAAAGCACACCUCCGGUGAAAGUCUUCCGGAUCAUUGUGUCGUUGGCCGCGUCCAAGCAGAGGGCGGACGGGUCAUGGUCUAGGCUCGUGGCUGUGUACGAUGUCUCGGUUGCUUUCUUCCACGCAGACAGCGACGGCGCGACGGCAGUCAUCCCGCCACCAGACGUCCGCAGAGAAGGCGGCGACCGGAAGCCACCUGAAGAGGACGAUCCGCUGGGCCACGUCCGGUUCUCGUCGAGCUCCAAGGCCUCGCACCGGGACACGCCCACGGUCAAGUUUGCAGCCUCUGGGAUCAUGGAGGGGAUGACGGCGGUUCUCAAGACUCACCAGAUGAGCGGGGAGGCAGAGUUCUAUGCCAUCAUCAAAGGGGCAGCGCAGGGCGUGCAGACAAGCCAGGUGAUUGAAUCUUUCGUUGGCCGCGAGUGCAAGCUAGAUGUGCUGAGCGACUCGUCAGCAGCGCGGGGGAUCUGCAACCGGCAAGGAAGUGGUAAGGUGAGGCACCUGUCCGCGAAAGACCUCUGGGUGCAGUCAUUCUUCCGUGACAGCCGCGGCAACCUGAAGAAAGUUGACGCGGAGGUUAACUGGGCAGACCUUGGUACGAAGGCGCAUGCACAGGCUCGGCUACAGCAGCUAGUGGACAUGAUGCCACUGAGGAGGAACGAGCCCUUGAGGAGCGAAAGGAGGAAGGGCUUGAGCUCAGGCAGGGUUGCGUCGUUUCUGGCGAUGCUGAACCCGUGCAGGUAG